CUCCUCCACUUGCCAGCAAGACUCGACCAGAGAAAAAGUACAUUUCAUGGGUACAAAAAUACUUUUUUAAUCACCCACAAGACGCAAAAACAACCAUGGACGCACUCGUUGGUGCCAUUGACCAAGGUACAAGCUCGACGAGGUUCCUGGUGUUCAACGCCAAGACGGCCCAACUGAUUAGUCAGCACCAAGUCGAAAUUGAGCAGAGCUUUCCAAAGGAAGGGUGGGUCGAGGAGGAUCCAAAGAAGAUUAUACAGUCAGUCUAUGAAUGUAUGGACAGGACGUGUGAAAAACUUCACCAGCUCAACAUUGACAUCAGCAACAUUAAAGCGGUGGGCGUGGCCAAUCAAAGAGAGACAACAGUGGUUUGGGACAAAGAGACAGGAGAACCUCUUUACAACGCUAUUGUUUGGUUAGACCUGCGCACACAGUCUACUGUGGAGAGACUUAUUAAUAAAACACCAGACAAAAACAAGAAUUACCUCAAGCACAAGACAGGACUUCCCAUCAGCACCUAUUUUAGUGCAGUGAAGGUCCGCUGGCUGCUAGACAAUGUGGAAGAGGUGCAACGGGCUGUGUUAAGUGGACGCGCCAUGUUUGGCACUGUGGACUCCUGGAUCAUCUGGUGUCUGACAGGUGGCAAGGAUGGAGGAGUUCACUGCACCGAUGUUUCUAAUGCCAGUCGCACCAUGCUCUUCAACAUUCACACCAUGGACUGGGAUCCUGAGCUGUGCAGGUACUUUGAUAUCUCGAUGGAAAUUCUCCCCAAAGUCAAAAGCUCUUCUGAAAUCUAUGGCAUGAUGAAAACAAGCAACCUUGAAGGAGUGCCGAUCUCUGGGUGUCUUGGUGAUCAGUCGGCAGCUUUGGUUGGUCAGAUGUGCUUCCAGGAAGGUCAGACAAAAAACACAUAUGGGACCGGUUGCUUCAUGCUCCGAAACACAGGACACAAACCCGUGUUGUCGGAGCACGGCCUGCUCACCACCGUAGCCUACAAGCUAGGGAAAGAGCAGCCUGCUUGCUAUGCUUUAGAGGGCUCUGUGGCGAUCGCUGGGGCGGGGGUGCGAUGGUUGAGAGACAACAUGGGCAUCGUGCAGUCAUCCUCAGACAUCGAAAAUUUAGCUGCCACAGCAGGAACGUCGUCUGGUUGUUAUUUUGUUCCUGCUUUCUCCGGACUUUAUGCUCCAUAUUGGGAGCCCAGUGCACGCGGCAUCAUCUGUGGUCUCACACAGUUCACCAACAAAAGCCAUGUGGCGUUUGCUGCUCUGGAGGCCGUCUGCUUCCAAACCAGAGAGAUUGUUGACGCCAUGAAUCAGGACAGUGGAGUUCCUCUGCUGCAGCUGCAGGUGGAUGGCGGCAUGACGUCCAACACGUUACUGAUGCAGCUGCAGGCUGACAUCCUGGGAGUGUGUGUCGUGAAACCUUGCAUGUCAGAGACCACGGCCCUGGGAGUCGCCAUGGCAGCAGGGUCCGCAGAGGGUGUCAACGUGUGGAACCUGAGCCCUGAUAGUCUUCCUCGCAUCACUUGUGAAAAAUUCCAGCCUCAGAUCAACUGUGAUGAAAGCGACUUCCGCUUUGCUCGCUGGAAGAAGGCUGUCCAAAGAUCCAUGAAUUGGGAAACCACAGAGUCUGAUUGCACUGACGGAGAUAAGCAGCAUUGACAAAUCAGAAUGUUUUGUGGACAAAAACAUGACAUGAUCGUCUAGCAGUACCAAUUGGAGUGGAGAAGCGGAGGACAACUUCACUUUUUCUGGAUCGGAUAAUGUUUGGUGUUUAGACUAUUACACUUAAAGAGGAUCGAUGGUGGUAGUUUUUUUUUUUUUUUACUGUAGUGUAGAGAAUAGUAAUUGUACUCUUUUCCUGUACAUCAGCACUGCAACUUGUUUUGGUUGACCUUAACCAGAGGUUUUCAAUGUUUCACAGGCCAAGGACGCCCAAACUGAUGGUUAGAAGGCGCGCUGGGCUCUUCCCUCUUCGCUACUGAGGGAAUCCUUGUUAGUUUCUUUUCCUCCGCUUAGUGAUAUGCUUAAGUCAGUGGCGUGCGGUGACGUUCAUGUCAGGUGAGGCACUGACUUUAUCACAGUCAAACAAUCACAGUUACAAACAUAUGAACCCUAAAGAGUAUCUUAUUCACCAUGUGAUUGGCAGCAGUUAACGGGUUAUGUUUAAAAGCUCAUACCAGCAUUCUUCCCUGCUUGGCACUCAGCAUCAAGGGUUGGAAUUGGGGGUUAAAUCACCAAAAAUUAUUCCCAGGCACGGCGCCGCUGCUGCCCACUGCUCCCCUCACCUCCCAGGGGGUGAUCAAGGGGAUGGGUCAAAUGCAGAGUACAAAUUUAUGGCUUAAGUU